AUGUUGUUAAUGGGGAUGUGCACAAGCUUGACAAAGAACCCGAUGAAGCCCAUCAAUAAGAAGCCCACGGACGUGGCGCCAGCGAUGCGGGCAAACUCUGUGGCAAAAAAGGGUCACAAGUCAGUAGACGAUCCUCAGGAACGACUCUAA